AUGGCACUUGACGAGGCUAGCAUGCAUCGCCUAGGCCUCGGUUUUGUAUAUCGGAUUAUACCGGUUAUUAUUGUAUCUAUACUGUAUGGUAUCUAUAUCGCUAUCCUUUGCGUCGCAACUCGCGGACUUCUUGAGCGGGGCCUCAAAGCUCGCGCGAACCUUUACGUUCUGUUAGCAAUAUGGCUCCUCUUCCUCUUCACCUCUACGUUGUGGUCACUGGAACUGGCCCAGCUCAUCGGAUUGGAUGAGAUCCUCCUUUCUCCGGACGGCCUUUCCCCGGAUAGCCUCUUCAACCGUUUCUACAACCUUGUCGCGCGAGAGACGAAGGUCACCGGAGUGCUCUUUCAGUCUCAGAUGAUCCUAGGCGACAUCCUCGUCAUAUGGCGGGCCAGCGCGAUCUGGCAUGAUCGUCGCGCGGUUGUCUUUCUACCUCUGUUCUGGUGGGUCCUGAUGAUAGUGAACUUGAUCACUAAUGCAUCGCUCUGUGAGUCAGGCGUAGCGACAACCAAGUACUCGAAGGUAUGCAAAGCGACAGACAUCUUAGCGCCGACGCUCUCUAUCAUGGUCAACCUAUCUGUCAUGAUCCUGAUCAUUUGGAAGGCCUGGAUCAUGCGCGAAGUGCUACUAACUGCGUACCGCAACAAGAGGCACAACAAGAUCUUAUCUCUCUUCGUGCUGCUCAUAGAGUCAGGGACGCUCUACGUCUGCGCUCUCGUCUCGGAUCUUUUGGUCACGUCAUACGUGACGGGCAACAACGAGACCAUACAGCGCAUGAUUAGCUGCAUCUCAGGUUACACGACAGUACAGUUCGUCGGCAUCUAUCCGACGCUGAUGUUCGUUAUGCUUCGCGAGUCCGUCUGGAAUUCACAGGACGACGUGCAGUCGAGCCUCCCCAGCGGCCGUGGGGCGGAAGUGUUCACGAUCACUGUCGGUAGUCAGAUGCAGUUCGCAUCGAGGGCCCAACGCGAUGUUGAGCGCGAUGUUCCGCUCGGCUUGGGUAACGCGAGCGAGACGGGCUCCUCAACGCAGGGAGAUCUUUUCCAUGCGACCACUGGCGGCGGGAUACAAGAAAAGGAGAAGGCGCCGAUGUUGUCUGGGUUAGCACUGUGA